AUGUGGGAGGCUGCCAAAGCAUAUGACAACCUGGCUGUAAAGGCCAAAGCACAAAACCGAAUGAGUCGUGAGUAUAACAAAUAUUCGGAGCUUGCAAAGAAACUUAGAAUUGGAGCACUAAAUCAACAAAAGAAAGACAGCAUACGUUUAUUUGAUAAACGACAGAAAGAAUGUAAAACUGUAUUUGAACUUAAUUAUCAUGAUCAGCACCAACCUGAGGCAUACAAUAUGCUUGACAUACAUCUUUGGAUUGCUUCUCAAAUCACAAGUAUACAAAAGCUUAAGUUGAUACCAGGUUAUGGGAAAACAACAGGAGACUGUGUCUUGAACCCAAUGUUUAUUAAAAUGCUCGAGAAGAAAGGGAUUCAUUACGACUUUGACGAGAAGAACCCUGUGUAUUGA